GUGUGAGUGAGUGAGAGAGAGGAGAGGAGAGGAGGAGGAGGAGGGAGAAGGGAACAACCUACCAUCUUAACACACUAAUAUCUAAAAAGUGCGAGAGGCCCAGAGCAGCAGCAGCAGAAGCAGCAGCAGCAGCUCCAGCGUCUUCCCUCCCUCCCCAUGAAGAAGAGUUCCCUCCUCCUCCUCCUCCUGCUUCUGCUCAGAGUUCCUGCCUCCAGCUGCCAGGGGGGACAGCCAGCCAGCAGCAGGAGGAUCCAAGUGUUGUUAACCAUGUGCAUUUCCAAAGUGGCAUGCUUACAAAUCAGACAGCACUUGAUUUCUCUCCCUCGACAGAACACUGAACUCUUCUUUGUAACAUUUGAGGAAUUAGAGAGCUGAAGGAAAACCAGUUUCCCCAAAAUUGGACUUCUCAGAACCUUUAAUGUGCUAAUGUGCAUUGUGAGUCUCCACGAUGGGGAUAUGACAUGCAGCAUUCUUGAAUACUUCUAAUGACAGGGAGCCCACUACCUCAUAAGCUGCAGCAAGAAGAGGAGCUUGUUAUUUUAAACGGAGGCUGAAGACACUGUAGAAUUAGCAGACAUAAAAGAAAGUGGAGAAGGUAGAGGAUGGAGUUGCAGACUCUACAGGAGGCUCUUAAAGUGGAAAUUCAGGUUCACCAGGAUCUCACUAUGUAGCUCUGGAUGUCCUCAAACUCAUUAUGUAGACCCAGCUGGUCUCAAACACAGAGAGAUCUGCCUCCUGUGUUCUGGGCAUGCACCACCACACUGGCCUGCAUCCUGCUUAUUGAAAUUGAGAAGUCACUAUCCUCUUCCACAUUGACAAAGCAGAAACUGGUUGCUCAAAUGAAGCAGGAUCCGCAGAUAUUUUUUCUUUCCAAUCAGAAUGCUGACUUAAAGAAACAGCUUCAUGAACUCCAAGCCAAAAUCACAGCUUUGAGUGAGAAACAGAAAAGAGUAGUUGAACAGCUGCGGAAGAACCUGAUAGUCAAGCAAGAGCAGUCGGACAAGUUCCAGAUACAGCCAUUGUCACAGUCUGAAAACAAACUACAAACAGCACAGCAGCAGCCACUACAGCCACUGCAGCAGCAGCAGCAGCAGCAACAGCAACAGCAGCAGCAGCAACAACAGCAGCAGCAGCAACAACAGCAGCAGCAGCAGCAGCAGCAGCACGCCCAGCAGUCGGCAGCACCGCCCAGUCUGACUGCAUCACAGAAGACUGUAACUACAGCUUCUAUGAUUACCACAAAGACACUACCUCUCGUCUUGAAAGCAGCAACUGCGACCAUGCCUGCCUCUGUUGUGGGCCAGAGACCUACCAUUGCUAUGGUGACCGCCAUCAACAGUCAGAAGGCUGUGCUCAGCACUGAUGUGCAGAACACACCAGUCAACCUCCAGACGUCUAGUAAGGUCACUGGGCCUGGGGCAGAGGCUGUCCAAAUUGUGGCAAAAAACACAGUCACUCUGCAGGUUCAAGCAACACCUCCUCAGCCCAUCAAAGUACCACAGUUUAUCCCUCCUCCUAGACUCACUCCACGUCCAAACUUUCUUCCACAGGUCCGACCCAAGCCUGUGGCCCAGAAUAACAUUCCUAUCGCUCCAGCGCCUCCUCCCAUGCUUGCAGCUCCUCAGCUUAUCCAGAGGCCUGUCAUGCUGACCAAGUUUACACCCACAACCCUCCCCACAUCCCAGAAUUCCAUCCACCCCGUCCGUGUCGUCAAUGGACAGACUGCAACCAUAGCCAAAACAUUCCCCAUGGCCCAGCUCACCAGCAUUGUGAUAGCUACUCCAGGGACGAGACUCGCUGGACCUCAAACUGUACAGCUUAGCAAACCAAGCCUUGAGAAACAGACGGUUAAGCCCCACACAGAAACAGAGGAGAGACAAGCAGAGAGCCGCACCGCCACCCCACCUGCUGCAGCAAAACCAAAACGCGAGGAGAACCCUCAGAAACUUGCCUUCAUGGUGUCUCUAGGGUUGGUAACACAUGACCAUCUAGAAGAAAUCCAAAGCAAGAGGCAGGAGCGGAAGAGAAGAACAACAGCGAACCCGGUGUACAGUGGCGCCGUCUUUGAGCCAGAGCGUAAGAAGAGCGCAGUCACUUACCUUAACAGCACCAUGCAUCCUGGGACACGGAAGAGAGGUCGUCCUCCAAAAUACAAUGCAGUGCUGGGGUUUGGAGCCCUUACCCCAACAUCCCCCCCAUCCAGUCAUCCCGACUCCCCUGAAAAUGAAAAGACAGAGACCACAUUCACUUUCCCUGCACCUGUGCAGCCUGUGUCCCUGCCCAGCCCCACCUCCACAGACGGUGAUAUCCAUGAGGAUUUUUGCAGUGUUUGCAGAAAGAGUGGCCAGUUGCUGAUGUGCGACACAUGUUCCCGUGUGUAUCAUCUGGACUGCUUAGACCCGCCUCUGAAAACAAUUCCCAAGGGCAUGUGGAUCUGCCCCAGAUGUCAGGACCAGAUGCUGAAGAAGGAAGAAGCAAUUCCAUGGCCUGGAACUUUAGCCAUUGUUCAUUCCUAUAUUGCCUACAAAGCAGCAAAAGAAGAGGAGAAACAGAAACUACUUAAGUGGAGUUCAGACUUAAAGCAGGAGCGGGAACAACUAGAGCAGAAGGUGAAAGAGCUCAGCAGUUCUAUAAGUAAAUGUAUGGAAAUGAAGAACACCAUUCUGGCACGGCAGAAGGAGAUGCGCAGCUCGCUGGACAAGGUGAAACAGCUCAUCCGCCUCAUCCACGGCCUUGACCUCUCCAAACCUGUAGACUCUGAGGCCACUGUGGGGGCCCUCUCCAACGGCCCGGACUGCACCCCCCCUACCAACGCCGCCUCCACACCCGCCCCUUCCCCCUCCUCGCAGAGCUGCACAGUGAACUGUAACCAGGGCGAAGAGACUAAAUAACAGCCCUCGAGGGGACACCACAGUCCCGGUGGUAAGGAGACUCUAGAAAAGCAAAGCCGGAUUUCUUCUGGAAAGUACAGAAUUCUUUUGGUUCUUUGGUUCCAGAGAGAGAGAAGAAGCUUGUGCCAGGCGGCACCUGAGUUUGCCAAUUGAUUCUUCUUAUUCUGUGUGUACAUGCAAAGAUUGGACCAUGUUACAUGAAAUAGUGCCAGCUGGAGGUUCUUUGCCAGCACCAUGCCAAGUGAAAUAAUAUAUUUACUCUCUCUAUUAUACACCAGUGUGUGCCUGCAGCAGCCUCCACAGCCACGGUGGGUUCGUUUUUGUUCUGUUGGGUGGGGAGCAGGGAUGGGCGGAGGGAGGAGAGCAGGUUUCAGAUCCUUACUGGGAGCCGUUUGUUUAGGUAGAAAAGACAAGUCCAAAGAGUGUGUGGGCUUUCCUGUUCCUAAACUUUCACUACCAUAAAACCAAAAAAAGAAAAGAAAAAAGAAAAAAAAAAGAAAAGAAAAAAAAGGAAAUAGAGAUUUAACUAACCCAGUGCCCAGAAGAGGGAUGGGGUAGGGCUGGGAGGGAGCAAGGGUGGGAAAGUAUAUGACAUAAGCAGUAUUUAACGUUUCUGGAGGGGGCCUAGUGCAAGGAGAGCCAGGUCCCCUCCCCAGCAGCUCCCUCCCACAGCCUCCAGCAGCCCCUCCCCUCUGCUUGCUGUAGUGCACAGCCCCAGGUGGUCCCAGGCCUUGCAGAAGCGAGGUGGGAGGGUGCUCGUGGUCUAGGAGGGAGAAAGGUAGAUCAGAGGUUUUACUUGAAAACAAGCUCCAUCCCUUUUCUAUAUUUAUAAGAAGAGAAGGUUCUGAGCAGAGCAGCGUGACCCAAGUGUGUGGCACAACCCAGGUGUGUGUGAAUGGAGACGACCCUUUUCUCUUCUUCAAGUUUAUUUUUGUUUCCGUUCUUGUUUUGUUUAAACAAAGUUUUGUUUCAUCGUUUAUUUUAUUUUAUUUUAUUUUAUUUCGUAACAAGAACUAAAAUAAGGAAUAGAAAAGCUGUUUUUUCAGGCUGACGGUCCUGUUAAGGGUAGCGAGACCUUGCAUGGUAGAAUAGGCGUCAUAGUGUCAGUGAGGUCAGUGAGUCUUCGUGCGUCCUGUGUCAUCGUUUGGGCACUGUUUUGGUUUUUUUGGGGGGUUUUUUCUUUUUGGGUUUAUUUUUGUUUUGCUUUUUGGUUUUUGUUUUUUAAUGCAAGGGCAAAAAAAUUCUUUGUACCUGGGGAAAACAACAGCAACUUUUUUUUAAUUAAAAAGGAAAAUAAAAGAUAUUGAGGUCUUCCUAGUGUUACUUAAAUUAAGAUCAAGGUAAGAAACAUUGUAAAAAAAAUUACAAAAGUGCUAUUUGUUUCCUAAAAACAGUGGUUUCUAUUAAAAAGGUGUCAGAACUGGAGAAAAUGCUGUGUAGUUACAAUUUUUUAGCACAGAACCUGCUGACCAUGAUGACAUUUUGCUGUGUUGUGUCUCUAGACUGGUGGGCCAGUCUCCAGA